AUGAAAAGAAAAUUUCUGUCGGAGCUUCGACGACCGGGUAUUGACAAUUUGCGAAGAAUGCAGAUUUUAAAGAAAAUCAAUGAUCAAUGUAAGAAGCAGCGGAGUUGUCUGCACUGUGGUGCAAUUAAUGGUGUGGUGAAGAAGGCAGGUGCUUUGAAAGUAAUUCACGACAAGUUCAGAUGGAUUGGUAAAAAGGUUCCUGAUGAAAAGGCCGAGUUUGACAAAUCGUUCGAUGAAGCCAAGAACGCCAAUCCCGAAAUCGAAAAGUUUUUGAAAAAGGCCAUGGACGAUCUUAAUCCUCUGAAAGUGCUGAACCUGUUUAGAGAGAUUUUACCGCAUGAGUGCGAACUGCUAGGCAUGGACCCCACAAAGGGACGCCCGGAAAUGUACAUUUGGAGAGAUGUUCCUGCUCCUCCAGUUUGUAUUCGUCCUUCAGUCAUGCAGGACACAGCCAGUAAUGAAGAUGAUUUGACUGUUAAGCUCACAGAGAUUGUCUGGACCAGUUCGUUAAUUAGAGCUGGCCUUGAAAAGGGUAUGUCAAUAGCGAACCUCAUGGAACAAUGGGAUUAUCUUCAACUCUCACUGGCGUUAUAUAUCAAUGCUGACACGCCGUCUGGUCCUGGUAUGCCUGCAGCCAAGCCUAUCCGUGCACUAUGUCAAAGAUUAAAGGGAAAGCAGGGUAGAUUCAGAGGAAACUUAUCAGGUAAACGUGUGGAUUUCUCAGGAAGAACUGUCAUUUCACCUGAUCCUAAUUUACGGGUAGAUGAGGUUGCUGUACCAGACAGAGUAGCAAAAAUUCUCACCUAUCCUGAAAAGGUCAACAGAUACAACAAGGCGAAACUACAGAAACUGGUAUCUAACGGUGCACUCCAGUACCCAGGAGCCAACUACGUUCUGAAAAAAGAUGGCAUUGGAAGAUUAAAUCUGCGGUUCGCUCGUAAAGACAAUAUAGCCGCUGAGCUACAAAUCGGUGAUAUCGUAGAAAGACAUUUAGAAGAUGGAGAUAUUGUGCUGUUUAACCGUCAACCUUCGUUGCAUAGAUUGUCUAUUCUAUCACAUUUUGCCAAAAUUAGACCAUGGAGAACAUUUCGGCUGAAUGAGUGUGUUUGUACACCGUAUAAUGCAGAUUUUGAUGGUGACGAGAUGAAUCUACACGUUCCCCAGACAGAGGAGGCUAGAGCCGAGGCAAUGGCCUUAAUGGGUGUCAAGAACAAUCUUGUUACUCCUCGAAGUGGUGAACCCAUCAUUGCUGCAACCCAAGAUUUCAUCACAGGUUCAUUCUUGAUUUCGAAGAAGGACCAGUUCUUCGAUCGUGCUUCAUUCUGUGAAAUUUUGUCGAUGAUGUCAGACGGAAAUCUACAAUUCGACCUACCUCCACCAGCUAUCUUCAAGCCUGAACGUCUUUGGACAGGUAAACAAGUGUUCAGUUUGCUCAUCAAACCGAAUAGACAGUCCAAGGUCAUUAUCAAUCUGGAUGCCAAGAACAAAACUUUCCAUGCACCACCUAAGGGAGUACCUAAUGAAAUGUCACCCAACGAUGGUUAUGUUUUGAUUAGAGGAAGUCAAGUUUUGUGUGGUAGUAUGGAUAAAAACACUCUUGGUGAUGGUAAGAAGAAUUCAGUGUUCUACGCAAUUCUACGUGAUCAUGGUCCCGUUGAAGCCGCAAAUGCUAUGAACAGAAUGGCCAAGAUGUGUGCUAGAUGGCUUGGCAACAGAGGUUUCUCCAUCGGUAUUAACGAUGUUACACCUGGAAAAGCACUCAAUGCUCAUAAGGACAGACUUGUCGAGUUGGCUUACAGUCGUUGUGAUGAUUUGAUUGAACAGCUUGCUCAGGGCAAGCUGGAGACUCAACCGGGUUGUAACGAAGAGCAAACAUUGGAAGCCAAAAUUGGUGGUUUGUUGUCGAAAGUCAGAGAAGAAGUAGGUGACGUGUGUAUUAAAGAGUUGGAGAAGUCCAAUGCUCCUCUUAUCAUGGCAACCUGUGGUUCUAAAGGUUCUACUCUUAACGUAUCACAAAUGGUGGCUGUUGUAGGACAACAGAUUAUUAGUGGAAGUCGUGUUCCAGAUGGUUUCCAAAACCGUUCAUUGCCUCAUUUUCCCAAGUUCUCCAAGACUCCUCCUUCCAAGGGUUUCGUGCGAAACUCUUUCUACAGUGGCUUGACGCCUCCGGAGUUUUUGUUCCACGCUAUUUCUGGACGUGAAGGUUUGGUUGAUACAGCCGUCAAGACUGCUGAAACUGGUUACAUGUCACGUAGAUUGAUGAAGUCCUUAGAAGACUUGUCCAGUCAGUAUGACAACACAGUGCGUACAUCAAGCAAUAGCAUUGUUCAGUUUGUAUACGGAGGAGAUGGCCUGGAUCCCUUUGAUAUGGAGGGUGAUGCCAAACCCGUAGAUUUCUCACGUACUUGGGCUCACUGCCAGAAUAUUACCUUCUCCAAUGAAGAGAAAAACCUGUUACCAUAUGAGAUUGUACAAGUAUGCAACUCCAUCAUUGACCCCCUAAUCAACAGGCUAGAGCGAAGGGAUAAUCUUGGCGAGCUGGUUAAACAGGAAGACAGUCAGUUGGAAGUCUAUGUUGACGAGCACGACCCACAGCGUGACUUUUACCAGUCAGUACGAGAAUUUGUGUACAGUAAAGCAGAGGAUUUGGCCAAUGUACGUCUUCGUAAGAACAUGGCCGAUCUGUUAGAACCUCCAGAGGGCGAGUAUGCCAAUGUCGAUUUCGACGAGCUUGUAUCUGUUGAGAAGAAAAUAGCUGUUGACCAGGUAUACAAGAUUUCUAGAAAGCUAGUGGAGACAUUCUUACAAAUCUGUUUGUUCAAGUACGAGCGAGCUAAGGUCGAGCCCGGUACUGCGGUAGGUGCUAUUGGUGCACAAUCUAUUGGUGAACCAGGAACACAGAUGACACUUAAGACAUUCCACUUUGCUGGUGUCGCGUCUAUGAACGUCACACUUGGUGUGCCUCGUAUCAAGGAAAUUAUUAAUGCAUCCAAGACAAUCAGUACUCCAAUCAUUGCUGCUUGUUUGGCCAACGAUGAUGAUGAACGAACAGCUCGUAUCGUCAAGGGAAGAGUUGAAAAGACUAUGCUCAAGGACGUUGCUGCAUACAUUGAAGAUGUGUACUCUGAACACAGUGCAUACGUAUCAAUUGGUAUUGACAUGAAGACUAUUGAUAGGUUACAGCUAGGGUUGACUCUGGACGACAUUCGCAAGGCUAUUCGAUUUGCUCCUAAGCUGAAGUUGACCGACCAGGAUGUGAAUGUUAUCGACCGUUACAACGUUAUCCAGGUCUCAGUACGACCUGUCACGUCGACCAGCAAAGCUGUCGAGACAGUUACCGCGUCUGGUCUGACAUACAUGGAUUCCGAAUUGUUCCAACGAGCUCAACACCUGAGACGGGUGUUACCAGAUGUCGUCGUUAAGGGAUUCCCCGAUAUUGCUCGUGCAGUGAUCAAUAUCCGUGAAGACAACGGCAAGAAAGAGUUACUAGUAGAAGGAUACGGACUACAGAACGUCAUGAUCACAGAUGGUGUUGUUGGACACAAAACCACAACUAAUCACAUUCUGGAAAUGAGACAAGUGCUCGGUAUUGAAGCGGCAAGGUCCAGUAUUAUCAACGAAAUCCACUAUACUAUGACCAAACACGGCAUGUCGGUAGAUCCUCGACACAUUCAGCUUCUCGGAGACGUCAUGACGUUCAAGGGAGAAGUGUUAGGUAUCACACGUUUCGGUCUGGCCAAGAUGAGAGACAGUGUGCUACAACUAGCCUCGUUCGAAAAGACAACCGACCACCUGUUCGAUGCCUCGUUCUACAUGAAGACAGACAAAAUCGAGGGUGUUAGUGAAUGUAUCAUCCUCGGCCAGAGCAUGAGCAUCGGUACUGGCGCUUUCAAAGUGGUGCGACCGCUGGAAGACGUCGACCAGGCCGCUUCCUACCUCAGCAAACCCACUAUUUUCGAGGACCUCUGCGAGACUUAUGCCUAA